UGUACUGACAGGCCAUAUUUUCCUUUGACGUGAAGAAAAAAUUACCGUUUACUACAAUUUGACACCAAAUACAAUUAAUUUCUUCAACAAAUAAUCUUGUUUUUAUUGUCCUGUUACUUUUAGAUAAGUUUUGAACAAAACAUGAGUUCAAAAUCAAAAAAAGAUAAAGAAAAAGAAAAGAAAGAAAAGGAUAAAAAGAAAAAAGACAAAAAGAAAGCCGAAGAGGAGAACAAAUGUGAUAAACGGGGCGCCCGUAACUAUUCACAAUACUAUGACGCACCUGACGGCUGCCACGUGCAGAAAAAGAUCAUGGUUACCACCCGAUACGGGAUCGUCACCGGCCUCAUAGCGGGCACAUACGACGUGCUCAUGUACUCCCAUGUUGUCGGCUUAGCGCCUAUAUUAACACGGUAUGCACGUCAUAUGGUACCUAUAGCUUUGAUGGGAGCCACGUUCGCUGCGGUCGCCAACGCAGUUCAGCACGCGAGGAACGUAGACGAUCCGUUGAACUAUUUCGCAGGUGGCAUGGCGUGCGGUCCUAUCCUCGCCAUGUACGUGAGGUCGGGCCACGGUGUGGUAGCCGGGGGGCUUCUAUUGGGUAUCAUAGCCGUAAUGAAGAAGGAACUCGUCGACAGGGACUGCCCAUUUAUACAGAAGUUUCCUCCUCACAUGAACACUAUUAGAAGCUGGAGAAAUGACUGGACACUCGUACGCGACCCGAGAGAUGAUAUGCUGCACACUUGUAUGAUAAAGAGAAGCAGUGACGACUGUUCAUAAAGAUUAUAAAGUAAAAAUUAUUUUAGACUAAUUAUGUUAUUGGCUUAUGAAUAAAAUAUUUCAAUGUACUGUC